GUCACAUUCGAGCGAGAUGGCCCUGCGCCGCAGCUGGCACCGGCCGGCCCUCGGGGCUCGCGGCUUCUUUGACAAAGUUGGUCGCGACUGGGAGACCGCGUGGACACAGCAGGUCACGCCGUGGGAGCUUCAGGGCGUGAACCCGUCCUUCGUCGAGGGCCUUGCCCACGUCGAGAAGCGAGGCGGCCGCGCCCUCGUGCCCGGCUGUGGCUCUGGCUAUGACAUUCUACAUCUGCAAAAGCAGGGCUGGGCGGCGACAGGCCUCGAUAUCUCGCCGACGGCCGUCGCCAAAGCCCGCGCCGUCGUUGGCGACAACGUCCGCGUCACCGACUUCUUCAAUUACAGCGAGCCCGAGCCGUUUGACUUGGUGUACGACUACCUCUUCUUUGCUGCGAUCGAGCCAGAGAUGCGCGGUCGCGCUGCUGCGCAGUUCAAAGCCCUUUUGCACCCGACAUCCGGCGUACUCCUCACGCUGCUCUUCCCGUAUGUGGCCGAGCAUGGUGCGAUGCGAAAAGCCGGACCGCCCUACGAGCUCUCGCUCCAAGACUACAAGGCUAUUCUGGAGCCGGCGGGCUUGACGCUGCAAGCGACGAUCGAGCCUUCGAAUAGCAUCAAGCCUCGUCGCGGUCGAGAGCUCCUCGCGAUUUGGGGCUGCACCGUAACAGCGUCGUAGCCAGACGCGAUAGCAAAGAUGUUACGCCACGGGCGACGCAACAUUAGACGCAACACGACCCUUUGGAGGUCAAGUCUCUCAUCUGUGUUCAAAUUUCGACGCCAAAGGAGUUAUAUUCAACGGGGCUCACGUAGUCAGGUACUAGUACCAACACCACGCAACACGCUCGUAUCAGUGGUCA